UAGUUAUUAGCUUUAUCAUAAGUAUAUAUAUAUACCCUAAGUAAUACCCACACAAAGAAUAUAGAAAUGAAGAAAACCCGCCCAAAAUUGAAAAAUCAACGCACAUCUAAAUUCCAAGGCACUUUAAACAGAUCGGUUUCCACGUACGGAAAAAUCCCAGUUAGAAUCAUUUCGCCAACUACAGACUGGAUAAAAAUAACAAAAGACGAUGCUAAACCUUCAUUCUCUAAGGGGAAGGGGCUGUUUUCAGAUUCCGAAGACAGCAUUCAAAUUAAUACAAGUUAUGUUGCUUCCAAAGCAGUGAUAAAAAUGCCAACUGUUAGGGAAUCCAGGGGAAAAAGAGCCAGAAGCACAAAGCCUUUGUCAAAACCCAUUGCUGUUCGAUCGAAAAAGUUAAAAGUAUCAGAGAAGGAAAAUUCCCCACCUUUAAAAACUCUGACGAUACCAACUAUAGACUAUUUGAAGGAUGACAACAGCAAACCUGUCCAGUCAACAUUAGAAAGUAACAUGGCAAAUGAAACACUGGUUAUUAAUUCAUCACUGACCAAUCGACUCUCGUUCCCAAUCCUGCAAUCGAGGCAAAUGAAAAAUAUUGAGGUCAAUCGAGGUCGUAGAAAGAAACGAAGAAACAACAGCUUUAAGAUUACAGAUGGUAUAUCCACAUUCACAUUUGCUGAAGAUAUUCCAGGAGCGAAUGAUUCUCUAACCUGCUUUCAAAACUCUGUCCUGCAUGGUCAUGAUGAUUUUAAUGCGAACAUGGGGAAUGGUGAACUCUCACGCUCAGUUGUUGACUUGUGGCAGAUUUGUGGUAAAAUUCAAUCCACGCCCUUGGUGAAGAAAGUAAACUCGACCCCCUACUCAAUAUCAAGGACCAAGAUGGAAGCAAUUAGUUUUCUUUUCCCACCCGUGCCUGGUGCCAGUUGCCGCACAACAAGCACGCCUGCUUUCUUAAACCGUACAAGACAACAAUCCAGACUAAACAUAAUGUCAAGUCCUGUGUUAAAGGACAGCAAUCUAAAUGUAAUCACCAGUGAUGAGGAUGAACCAGAACCUUCGUUUAGUAAACCUGAUAGUAUAAGAGAAAGGUUAAGCAGCAGAUCUCGAGUUUUGUCGGAAUGUCAACAAACAGAGCCACGUCAGUUUGCAAACAUCAUACCUGUUGGGUCCAAGUGUAGCAAGCUUGGGGAAGGAAUUUAUGGAGAAGUUUACAAAUGUCAAUCUGCUGCUGGACACCCUGUUGCUGUUAAGGUCAUUCCCAUUGAAGGCAGUUUCGCUGUCAAUGGAGAAAAGCAAAAAAGUUUCAGUGAAAUUUUGCCAGAGAUUGUCAGCUCAAGUGAACUAUCCAGUUUGUCAUUCGAGAACGACACAAACUCUGGCUUUAUACGGUUGUUCAGGGUUCACUGUGCAAUAGGAGAAUACCCAUGUGAGCUUAUAGAAGCAUGGGAUGCUUUUGCAUCCAAGAAGACAAGCGAUAAUGAUCGUCCUGAUAUGUUUGAUGAUCAACAGUUGUAUAUUGUGUUUGAAUAUGAUGAUGGUGGGGUAGAUUUGGAACAUUUUGCUUUCCGUAAUGCUGGUCAGACUCUGUCGGUCAUUCAGCAAGUUGUCUCAUCCAUUGCACUCGCUGAACAUACACUGUUAUUUGAACAUAGAGAUUUGCAUUGGGGAAACAUAUUAGUUCAAGUAUGCAAGGAAAGCAAGGUCAAAGUUGACAUCAAUGGUGAACUCAACACCAUCGCAUUACAUGGUGUACAGACUCAUAUUAUAGACUUCACUUUGUCAAGGAUGAGUAAAGGAAAACUCUCUUUGUUCCAAGACUUAGCGGAGGACCCGGACAUCUUUACAGGUGAUGCAGACGCUGAUUAUCAAUUCGAAAUAUAUCGGAUGAUGCGAGAAGAGCUAGAUAAUGAAUGGUCACAAUUUAAACCAAGGACAAAUAUAUUCUGGAUUCAUUAUCUGUUAGAUAAAUUUAUUUUUCAUGUAACAUACAAGAACAAUCGAACAAAACUUCACUCGAAGUCAAUGAAGUUGUUGAGAGAAUUACACAAGACAGUCCUGGACUACCAUUCAUGUUUAGACCUUUAUACCAACAGCUCAUUAUUUUCAAAUAAAAACUCAAACAAAUAAAACUCUGAAUAAAUAUUGAGCUACGCCUGACUAAGAAGUUGAGGAAAUCGGUCGCGAAAAAUGUCAUUCAUUCCGUUGUAAUUUUCAUGUUUGUUCACUGUGAAUUUCUAGUUUUAAAUGUUGGUAGCCUAAAAUUCUUGUUUAUGAUUUCCCCUUUUUAUAUAGAACCCGCUAUUUCUUGUUUGUCGUAGGAAUUUUAUUUACUGGUGCGUAAAAAGCUAAUUUUUCAUUUCACUAUAG